AUGGCAGUUUGUUUCGUUCUUCCGCACAAUGGACUCGCGGCAGUAGCCGGGAGGCGAGCGCAGAGUGGCUGGAAACCCAGCGGUGCCCUCUUCCGCGAAACGAGAAUGGUUAUUAGCGCCAAGCCUGAUUCAAAGAAAAAUACUGGUGGUCGCGUAUGGCGACCUUCUUCUUGGCGGGAAAUGCCUGUCAAACAGGUACCGACGUACCCAGACGAGGCGAGGCUGCAGGAUGUUGAGGCGAGGCUGCACAAGGCGCUGCCCCUGGUCUACACUGGUGAGUGUGAGCACCUGAAAAAGCUGAUUGCAAAAGCCAGCCGCGGAGAAGCAUUCGUUCUACAAGGAGGCGACUGUGCGGAGUCAUUCGAGGAGUUCGAAAAGUACGGUGGCGACAACAUACGGGAUACUUUUCUCCUGCUCAUUCAGAUGAGCAUCGUUCUCAUGUACGCCCUCGGGUUGCCGGUGGUGAAAAUCGGUCGCAUGGCUGGGCAGUUUGCGAAACCACGCACAUCGCCUAUGGAGCGGGAAAAGAAUAAGAAGCUUGAACUGCCCAGCUAUCGUGGCGACAUGAUCAACGGGCCCGAGUUCGAAGCACGAGCGCGCGUGCCCGAUCCCGAACGGAUGCUCCGAGCGUAUCACCAGAGCACUGCGACGAUCAACCUCGUGCGAGCGCUUGCGUAUGGUGGUUUCGUGGAUCUACAUCGCAUCCAUGAAAUCAACUUGGAAUUCGUGAACGGCACACCGCAGGGAAAACGCUUUUUCGAAUACGCUGCUCGGAUCACGGAUGCUCUGCGCUUCAUGUCGAGCUGCGGCAUUCAAGCCAACUCCCCGAUGAUCAAACAGGCAGAGUUUUUCGUCUCACACGAGGCACUUCUGCUUCCAUACGAAGAAGCGCUCGUACGCCAGGACAGAGAGACCGGCAAGUACUAUGCAACUUCAGGCCAUAUGAUCUGGUGCGGCGACCGAACCAGACAGCCAGAUGGUGGCCAUGUCGAGUUCCUACGCGGCAUCGCGAACCCGAUUGGGAUCAAAUGCGGACCCUCUCUGACUGAGGCGGAGUUGAUUGAGCUGCUGGACAUUUUGAAUCCGGACAAUGAGCCAGGUCGCAUUACGCUGAUCUCACGUGUUGGUGCUGGACGAGUACGCGAACAUCUGCCUCGUUUUAUUGAAUGCGUGCAGCGUGAGGGACGAAUCGUUACCUGGUCAUGUGAUCCAAUGCACGGAAAUACGGUAACAACUGCAUCCGGAGUGAAAACUCGGCGAUUCGACGACAUUUUAAGCGAAGUCAAGGAAUUUUUUGAAGUUCAUCGUGAAAUGGGCUCGAUUCCGGGCGGUAUUCAUCUGGAAAUGACCGGCCAGAAUGUGACAGAAUGCAUCGGAGGUAUGUAUGAGCUCUCGGAUGCGGAUCUGGCCACUCGUUUUGAAUCUCGAUGCGAUCCGAGACUGAAUGCGAGCCAGAGCCUGGAAUUAGCUUUUCUGCUCUCGGAGUACAUGUCGGGCAAGCGUACGGAUUGA